AUGAAUGUUGGCACUUUAGUAUUUUGUGACAAAAUACCAUUCAAAAUAUUGCCAGGGUUAGUCUGUUAUGGUAGGAUGCUUGAUGAUCAUCUAUCGAUUGCGUUUGUUACAGCAUCAGAAAAGGUAUAUAUUUAUAAUCCGAAAUUCUAUCAUUCAGCUGAAGGUAAUACUAACAUUUUGUCACAAGAUUUUAUCAAGUGUAGUACUAUACAUUCAGUAUAUGCGGUUGACACAGGAAAAUUUAAACAAAUCUCAGAUGACAAUGAUCUCUUGAUAAUCGGAUCAAAAAUGUUAAAAAACGAUGGUGUAAAUACGGUUGUUUAUCAGCAUUUUGAACAGCAACAUCUUCAACAGUACAAGAAUUCUGAUGUUAUACUUGUCGGUGGCAAUUGUACACUCUCUGCAUUGAAUUAUUCAGGUUCAGAAUUGUUUUGGACUGUAACCGGAGAUACAAUAUCUGCACUAACUUGUUUAUCGUAUGAAAAUGCCGAUGAAUAUUUUAAUGAUAUUGUAGUCGGUUCUGAAGACUAUAUUAUACGUGUGUUUCGUGGUGAUUCAUUUUGUCAUGAAAUAUCAGAAACAGAUGUAAUAUGUAAACUCGUUUCGCUCGGUGGAGAAUAUUUUGGUUAUGGUUUAAAAAAUGGCACCAUCGGUGUAUACAAUAGAACAAGUCGUAUAUGGCGUAUAAAAUCAAAGAACAAGCCGAUUUGUUUUAGCGGUUAUGAUAUAAACCAUGAUGGAUAUGCAGAACUGAUAUGCGGCUGGAAUAGUGGUAAAGUGGAUGCUCGCUUGCGUUCAAAUGGGGUGGUUGUGUUUAAAAUUCAACUGGGCGCCUGUAUAGCUGGUUUAACUGUGGGUGAUUACUAUGGUUUCUCUAACGUCUUACUCGUGUGUACUGUUGAAGGUGACAUAAACUGUUAUUUUCUACUCGAACAAUCAAAGGAUCGUUCAAACUGUCAGUCUUCUGAAGAUAUUUUGCGCCAGUUAAUUUCCAAAAGACAGAAUUUACGUUUAGAAAUUCAAAGGUACAAUGAAAACAUGCGUUUAGAACAAUUGAGUAAAACAGAGAUUCGUCAAGCUAACUUCAAUAUAAUUAAAGCGAAUACCGAGCUACAGACCAGUUUGGAAGUUUCAAAAAACAGUCCAUGUGUUAACUUGAAAGUUCAAACAAAUAACAAUACGCCACUUAGAUGUGUGAUAUUAUUUGCUGAAGGUAUAUUUCAAGGUGAAAGUCAUGUUAUACAUCCACCAACGAAUGUUCCAUACGCUACCAGCUAUACAAUUGAAAUAAGACCGCCGAAGGAUGUACCAGUCGAUGUUUUUAUUAAAGCAUACGGGGUACCUAUUCAUAGAAACCCAGAUGAAGAUUCUUAUUAUUUACUGAAAAGCACACAAGUGUUACCACAAUUCAGUCUUUACCGACUACUUAGCUUAGAUCCCAGAACAGACCAUCCUGAUGAUUUGGAAAGGCUACAAUCAGGUGUAUUUUUCAAAGUAUAUGAACGUCCUCAGCGACUUGCAAUUUGGCUGAAUCACAACUUUAUUCUUGGAGCAAAAAUCAGCAUCGAUGAGCAGUCUCCAUUGUCCGUGCUUUUUGAGGAACUCCGUCCAAUAAGUGCACUAACUUCUGCUGAACAUAAUACAUUAAAUCGGAAUUCACAUGUACGCGAUUUUCAGGAACAACGGAACUUCAAGCAUUUACUAUAUAUAACCAUGACAAAUGAGGGCGAAAUCACUAUAAAAACUGAAAAUAUAGAAUUGGCUUCAAAUUUGGUUCAGUCAAUCAGUCGUCAUCUCAGUAUAACAGAACUACCAAGCACAUGCGACUUCCCAAAGGUACUCAACACACUCGAGGAAUUAAUUGAAAUGUCUAGUGCGUACUCUUCAACUCAGCAACAGGUAUCGGUGGAUAUGGUCAGUAAAACAGAUACUGUAAAACAUUUAAUUGUUAGAGCAGAAGAUUAUAGACUGAAUGGUAAUUGGAAUUUAUUGAAGAAAACAUUCCAACAGUUGUCGAAUGCUAAUACUGAUAUUUUGUCCAACUACUACUCAAGAGUUACUGAUUAUGAGGCUUCAAUGAACUGCUUGAAAAGAAUUCAUCAAAUUAUCGAAUAUGUCAGUUCAUUAAGAGUUGGGAAGUAUAAAACAACUAUUAUAACAAUGUGUCAUAAUGCACUGAAAGAGAACAAUAUUGGUACAUUAAAGAAAAUUAUUCGAACUGGUUCAAAUUAA